AUGAAGAUUGUUACUGGACUUGGUAAGUGCUUUAUUCAAGUGAUAAGGGAAUUCAUUGUGAACAUUCCUUCUGAUUGUGAUAAUGAGGAUAAUGUUGAGUAUAGAAAGGUGUUUGUGAGAGGAAAAAGCAUUUAUUUCUCUCCUGAAGUUAUAAAUAACUAUUUGGGCAGAAGCUCUGAUGCUAUGAAUGAGGAGGAGCUGACUUGGACUGGGAAGUUGGUCAAGAAGUGGCCAAAGAAAGGGUUGUUACCGUCUGGAAAUCUGACUGCUAAGUAUGUUGUGCUCUACAAAAUAGGUACUGCAAACUGGAUGGCCUCUCAACAUCUCUCUAGAGUGACUCCACCCCUGGCCAGAAUGCUUUACUUGAUUGGCACAGGAGGUGAAUUUGAUUGUGGAAAUCUUGUUUAUGAGCAGACUCUCAAGCAUGCUGGAUCUUUUGCUGUGAAGCUGCCUAUUCUGUUUCCAUGUCUUCUCUCUGGGCUAAUUCUGCAACAACAUCCUAACAUUUUGUGUGCUGAUGAACCUCUAGGUAAGAAGCCUCUACCUCUCGAAUUUGAUUAUCGCUUGUUAGUUGGGACACAUGUUCCAUACAUUAUGCUGUCUGCGGCUAGAGGAACUACCAGUGCAAGUGGUACUAAGGCACCUGGGUCAAGCAAGGAAGACAUUGUGGCUGAAUUGCAGGAAGUUUCAAAGACUCUGCAAGACACUAUACAGGCCUGCAAGGUGAGGAAACUUAAUGUUGAUCAACUUAUCAAGGCUCUAACUGAGGUUCAUGUUGCUGCUGAGGAAGAAGAGGUUGAAGAGGAAGCUGAGAUUGCUGGGAAUGAGAAUGCUUUCGUUGAAGAAGAGGAAGCUCAAUAUGAAACUGCUGGAGAAGAAGAAGACGAACUUUCAGAACCGUCGGACCAAGCCUCCUUGCUUAAUCGACUGACUGCCUUAAUUGUCCUGUUGGACAACUGGGUGUAUGUGCUCAUGCCUACUGACAUACCUGAGUCGAUACUAUGUCCUAAGAAGUUCCAGAUUAUUAAGGGAAAAUCACCACUUCAUGAAGAUGGUGAAUAUUUUGUUGAACUUCCGCCAGAGAAUGAACCUGCUAAUGAACAGUCCAAGACCCCCACUAAGAACGUUGCAGAUGGUGAAGAAGAAGGAUAUUGA